AUGGCUUCACCUCUUGACGUUACUCUCUUGCUUUUCGGUGCUUUUUCCCUGAUAUUCAUUGCAACAUCAAAUAUAAUCCGGGAGAAGCUAUACUUGAACGAAGCCAUUUUUGCCGUAGUAUUCGGUAUGAUUAUUGGACCAUACUGUCUCGAUCUGGUCAAUGUAGAGUUGUGGGGCUCCCAAGAGAUCAUUACGACCGAGUUUACUCGAGUAGUGAUUGCGAUACAAGUGAUGGUGACAGGCGCUGCGUUGCCAGGACGAUAUAUCUAUGACCAGUUCCAGGCACUACUAGUCAUGCUACUUCCCGUCAUGUUAUCCAUGUGGUUUGUAAGCGGAUCGCUUGUCUACCUGAUGAUUCCGGGCCUCAGCUACAUAGAAUCCCUUAUGAUUGCAUCAUGCUUUACGCCCACAGAUCCCGUUCUGUCAAGUUCAAUAGUUCAGGGCAGAUAUGCAGAGAAAUACGUGCGACGAGAAAUUAGAGACUUGAUCGCCGCUGAAAGUGGAGCAAACGAUGGACUAGGUUAUCCGUUCCUAUUUAUCGCGGUCUACUGGAUGCAGAUGCCUGUUGGCGAAGCAUUCAAGACUUGGUUCAUUAGCAUAAUGCUACAAGAAAUCGCAGCGUCGAUUGCGCUUGGAUUACUUGUAGGCUAUUUAGCAAGAAUUUUGAUCAAAUGGUGCUAUGAAAGGGAUAUGGUUGAGCUGGAGGCGCUACAUGUGUAUCCCCUGAUGAUUACAUUUUUGCUUCUUGGUGCAUUAGCGUGUAUAAAAAGCGAUGAUUUGCUUGCAUGCUUUAUGGCUGGUUGCACCCUGUCGUGGGACGAGUGGUUUAAAGACAUUGUUUUAAACAUCGGUGUGUUUGCAUAUAUUGGGGUCACAAUGCCAUUCCCGACCUUUGCAGAGAUCUCUGUAUGGCGCCUCGUAGUCCUUGCUAUCCUUGUAUUGUUGUUUCGACGAGUACCUAUCGUACUAGGCGUAUAUAAGAUCAAUCCAGUCAUUAACAAUUGGCGUGAGGCCGUGUUCACUGGAUGGUUUGGUCCCAUGGGUGUGGGAGCAAUAUUCUACUACGCUACUGCUGCCGCCAGUAUUACCAGCAGCCAACCCGCUUUGGCUGCUGUCGUCUACUUUAUUGUCUUAUCCUCGGUGAUUGUGCACGGGCUAUCCAUUCCGGUCAUCGUCAUCAUCCAGUAUCUGUGUCAGCAAACGACAGAUAGCGAAAAAAGAAAUAUGCAGCACUCCGUCACCGAUGCCAAUGAAACCACAACAGCAAUCAACAUGCCACCUUUUGAUUCGCGUUCUCACUCACGCAACAACAACGGCAACAACAAGAGCAAAACUAACUCUUCCAGUAAUAACAGCAGCAACACCUGUGUCAACAAAGAUUAG